AUCCAACACUCUGUCAAGAAACCGCGUCUUUAAAGUUAGUCAAAUUCUUUAUUCAACGUCAUGACUUCAGCUUCUGAACAAGCAACAAAUCAAGCUCUACCAUCCUUACCUCUCCCAACAGAGCCAGGCAAGGGCAAUCGCCCAUCGCCAAGCAGCCACAUUCGAAUAGCACGCCCGUCUCGAUCUCUUGCCGCUGCCGAAAAAUUCUGGAAAGACGGACUCGGCUUGCAUGUUCUUUGGCGUUCGGGGCCCGCGGAACAUGUUGAAGGUGGUCAUGAGCUCCUCAUGUUAGGUUGGCCAGGCGCAUCAUGGCACCUAGAGCUGGUGCAGGUAUAUGAACAGGACGGGGUGAACAUGCAGCCUCGACCAACGGAAGAGGAUCUCCUUGUGAUUUAUCUCGACGGACAGGUUGACCCUGCUGUGGUCAGUACUUUGGUUGAUGCGGGAGGGAAAAGGGUGGAAGCGCCAAAUCCGUACUGGAAUACUUGGGGUGUCACUAUUGAGGAUCCAGAUGGCUAUCGAUUGGUGCUGUGCAAAAGAGAGUGGAGUAAUUAAGAAUCAUGGUCGAUUUUCCUACUUGUCUGCGCUUUAUAUCUCUGGAUACUCUUUGAUAAGUCUAUCAGGAUAAUAUAGCCUUGUCUGUGAUAUUCCAUUCAUGCACGUGGCUAAGAAUUAUAUCAGACCUGCCCAUAAUCCUGAUGAUUCCUUCACUAACAGAUAGGGCGCCUGCAACUCUUGUCUACCGCUAUGACAAUGUCCUCUCCCGAAUCUCUACCCAGGCUUCUGUAGCGGCGUCGCCUGUCGAGUCACCUACGAAAACUUCCGCUUUACCACCAGCAAGUAUAGACCAACUCCCCAUUAUGUCUUGGGGCAUAUCACCAAAGAUUGCUAGUUUAUCGAUCCCCCUGGCUCCACCUCAAACCCAU